GCAGUGGGGAACGCGGUAUUGAGCUACAGAAAAGACAGAUUGGGCUGCUGAGCUGCACCCUUUGGCAUGUCUGCCUAUAAAUUCUGAUGUUCUCCUGCAUGAGGAGCUCCAAGGAGAUGGCUGCCACCAGGAUCUUGUCUUGGGUGGUGAUGAUAAGUCUUCACAUCCAGGUGGAUGCAGCUGCAGCUUGGAUAACAGCAGAUUCUACAACAAGAAUUCCUCUAACAACAGAAACAACAAGUCCCCCAGCAACGACUUACCCCACAACUUUUCCAAUCAUAGCUGAUGAGCUGCAGCUGAGGCUGAGCGGUGGGCCCAACUGGUGUGCAGGCAAUGUGGAGAUCUACUACUUCGGAGCGUGGGAGAAGGUGUGUGGGUACCUGUGGGACAUGCAGGAUGCCGAGGUGGUGUGCAGGCAGCUGGGCUGUGGCUCCCCCCUCGCAGCCACGAACUCCUUCACCUCGAGCAGCUCGUACCUGUACGCGAUCACCGAGGUGAACUGUGCGGGCUACGAGAACUACUUGUGGCAGUGCCCCUACCACUACCAAUACCAGGUCUGUCACCACGGCGAUGCUUCUGUCAUAUGCUCAGACUCAGGAAUAACAGUGACUCCAACAGCAGCAUCAGCUGUCUCCAGUUCUACGUUCCCCACAUCAUGGACUGCAGGGACCCCCUCCUGUGGGGGCUUACUUCAGGAAUUGUCUGGCUCCAUCCAGAGCCCAGGAUACCCCAACUCCUACCCCAACAACGCCUACUGCGUGUGGCGCAUCCAGCUGUGGGACCCGGCUCGCAGAAUCCAGCUUCAGUUUACAGAUGUGCAGCUGGAAAGCAGCACCUGCUCCUACGAUGCCAUCGAGGUGUACGACGGAGGGUACCCCCAGAGCCAGCGCCUCGGGCUUGUUUGCAGCAAUGACCAUCAUGUCUUCAACUCAUCCGGGCCCCGGCUCACUGUCCUGUUUCGCAGUGAUGGCAGCGUUACCAGGAGGGGCUUCCAUGCCUACUACUCAUCAUUCCUUGCCUUCAAGAGCACCAUGGCUCCCAGUACUUCCAACUGGAGGACCACCCUGUCAUCAGCCUCAGAAGAUUAUUCUUGUGGUGGCUUGCUUUCCUCUUCUUCUGGUACCUUACAGAGUCCAUUUUACCCCAGAAAUUAUCCAAACAAUGCCAACUGUGUGUGGGAAAUACAAGUAAAGAACAACUUCCGUGUCAUACUUGUAUUUGCAGAUAUUCAGAUGGAAGGUGGCAGAUGCCUCUCUGACUACGUGGAAAUCUAUGAUGGGCCCCUCCACACCUCUCCUCUCCUUGGGAAGAUUUGCUCUGGUUAUUACCACACGUACACAUCAUCCUCAAACCUGCUGAGCGUCCGCUUUCACAGUAACUCUCGAUACACAUACAGAGGCUUUCAGGCCAGCUAUCAUUCCACUCCAGCAGAUGGCAACACCACACUGCAGUGUUUGCCAGACUACAUGCACGUAGUCGUGAGCAGAUCCUUCCUUCAGUCCCACGGUUACUCUGCUUGGAAUCUCACCCUGAACGACCCCUUUUGCACACCCAACAUUACAUCAGAGUAUGUGACAUUCCACGUUCCAUACACUGGCUGUGGCACUGUCAGAGAGGGAAACAACGACACAAUCAGCUAUUCCAACGUUAUUAGAGGGUCCUCUUCUAGUACAUUAAUCACAAGAAAUAGAAAUCUUCGCUUGCGUAUCAACUGCAAGAUGCUCCAGAACACUUGGGCACAAACGAUGUAUGUCGUGGGCGACAACUUUGAAGUCAAUGAAACUCAGUAUGGCAGAUAUGAUGCAAGCCUCACAUUUUAUGACUCCUCAGACUUCUCACGGCCAGUGUAUGACUCACCCUAUUAUGUCAACAUCAACCAGGAUUUGUUCCUGGAAGCUUCCCUGCACAGCCCUGAUCCUUCACUGGAGUUAUUUCUGCACACUUGUGUGGCAUCUCCCAGUCGCCACAAUACUACAACAGGAGUCCACACUAUAAUCAAGGAUGGGUGUGUGAAAGAUCCUACCUAUGCUACAUUUUACUCACCCCGCAGACACACCCUCCGGUUUAAAUUCAAUGCCUUCCAGUCCAUUCGGAACAAUCCAGUGGUUUACCUGCAGUGUCAGCUGGUGGUGUGCAGGGCCUUUGACCAUUCUUCCAGGUGCUACCAAGGCUGUGUUAAAAGGUCCAAGAGAGAGGCAAGCUCUGACCAAGAAAGUGUGAUUGCUGUUGCUGGCCCAAUACAGCUUUGGGAACCUGGUUCUGAGAUUAAGAAUGAACGUGAAUCUGAAUAAAACUGUCUCCUUUGACAGAUAGCAUCUUUAAAUGCCAAUUGGAUUCUGGAAGAAACUAUGCUGCUAGAUUGCCAGAAGCUCUAGAAUAAAUAUUAGGAAUGUGCUUACUGACUCAUGCCUGUUAAUCCCACUUCACUUCGGUCAUCAUUCCCAUAUAACAAAAAUGCUUCUUUAGCAGUUCUAUGGGGAGUCAAAUUUGUGAUCUUUAAGCUUUUUUUCAUUGUUUGCUUUCUUAAUGGUAAAACUGAAAUGUUUAAAUUGCAGUUUAAGUUCUAUAAACAAGUUCUAUUAAUAUACACCUGAGUCUGGAUGUUAUCAGAGUGCAAUAAAUUGGUUAAUCUUUAAA